AUGUUCAAAUUCUUCAAAUCGGGAUUCUUCGACUUCGAAUUCCUCCGCGUUCUUGGAUCGGCACCUUUCCAAGGUGCUGAAAUUGGAGAGUGCCUCGAUGCUCGUUCAAAACUGAAGGACGACGACCCAGAGCUUUGGUACGAGACGUGGAACGCAUGGGGCGAUGAGGCGUCGAAGCUUGGUGAGGAGGCACUUGCUUCUGGGGACAAGGUGGCAGGACGAUGGGCAUUCCUGCGUGCAUCCAACUACUAUCGAUCCAGCGAGUUCUUCCUGCAUCUCAACCCCCAAGAUCUCCGUCUUCUUGCGUCUAUACAGAAGAGUGCAUAUGCACACGACCGAGGUGUAGCUCUCCUCGAUUCGGAAGUUCUGUCAUUCAACAUCCCGUACGACAAAGGUCUCGAGCUUCCGGCACGACUAUACAUGCCAACAGCUGAAAGCCGAGUUCCUGGACGCGUACCACUCAUCUUGCAGACUGGGGGACUGGACUCGACAGGCGAAGAAUUGUACUUUUAUGGUGCUGCAGGGGCGAUUCCACGCGGAUACGCAGUCCUGUCAUUCGAUGGCCCGGGUCAAGGGCUUUCGAUUCGACGCGAUAGAACGACGCUUCGGCCAGACUGGGAAUAUGUGACGGGAAAGGUCCUCGACUACAUAUUCAACGUUCUUGAGCCAGAGAACGAAAGGCUCCAACUUGACCUGGACCGCAUCGCAGUCCUGGGAGCGAGCAUGGGAGGAUACUUCGCUCUUCGUGCUGCCUCGGACUCAAGAAUUAAAGCGUGCAUCUCAUGCGACGGCUUCUACAAUAUGUUCGACAUCGUCAAGAGUCGCAUGCCGGGUUUCUUUAUCAACGGAUGGCUCAACGGAACCAUAAGCGAUAACCUCUUCAAUUCGGUCAGCAGAUUCAUGAGCAAGUUCAACUUCCAGCUCGCGUGGGAAUUUGCGCAGAACGAAUGGUGUUACGGUGUACAGAGCCCCGCUGAGAUGAUGCGGUUUAUGCAGACUAUGACCUUGCAGUCUCCGGAGGGCGCCGAAUAUCUGGACAAGGUCCGGUGCCCGGUUCUGGUGACCGGUGCAGAGCAGGCCAUCUACUUUGAGCCCAGAUUGAACGCGGAGCGUAUCAUGGAGAACUUGGGGCAUCUUGACGAAGCCGACAAGCAGCUGUGGGUUGGAGAAGCGCCAGCAAACGGCGGGUUGCAGGCCAAGAUUGGGUCGCUGAGCAUCAUGAAUCAACGGCAGUUCGAAUUCUUGGAUCGCCAGUUCGGGAUCCAAAGAUUUGUGCCGUGCAAGCACAUUUAG